AUGUGUAAAAAAGGAUUAAUACUCUUUGCAUUGGAUUCCAAGCUUAUUCUUGAGUUAUAUUUGGAUACAGUGGCCGUGCAUUAGCAGUGCAUAUAGCAAAUUAGUGAAGUUACUAGCUUUUUUACCAAGAGAUGUUUUGUUUUCGGUCGGUUAAAGACUGUCUUCAUUGUUGGAUGCAAACUAGAGUUUGGAUUAAAACUUGUACUUAAAGUUUACUUUAUAUGGAAUGAUCCUCAAAAGCUAAAUCUUGGUGAAUGA